AUGAACGGCAUCAUCCACCCCUGCUUCCACCCGGAGGACCAGGUGUGCCCGCCAACGACGUUCGACGAGGUGUUCGUGGCCAUGUUCGAGUACAUCGACCUCCUCUUCCGCAUCGUCAGGCCUACCAAGCUGCUCUACUUGGCUGUAGAUGGCGUUGCUCCACGCGCCAAAAUGAACCAGCAGAGGUCCAGGCGCUUCAAGGCUGCCAAGGACGCUAAAGAUGCGGAACUGGAGGAGAAGAUUCUGAGGGAGAAGUUCAGAGCUGAAGGGAGGGAGGUGCAACCGCGGGAGACAAAUGAGGUUUCGGAUCCCAACGUCAUCACGCCGGGGACGGAGUUCAUGGAGAAGCUCUCCAAAGCCCUCGAGUACUACAUCCGUUCCCGGUUGAAUAGUGACUCCGGGUGGAAAGGCAUCAAGGUUUAG